AUGUUUUUAUUGAUUGAUAGUAUUAAUAUUAGUAUAUUAAUAAUAAAAUCGGGUCGAGAAUUUUAUUAUUGUGGUUUGCAAACCUCUAACAAUAACAGAAUAAGAAUAAUUUAUUCUGCUCCUCCUUCUAAUGAACAAUCAAACAUUAUUCCUCAAUACACUUCUGUCAAUAGUAAUUUGAUUGACGGUAAUCUAGUAGACAUUGUCAACAACAAUAAUUAUUUAGAUGACCAUGUAACUAGUCCCAUAGUUGAUACUCAUAUCCGUCUGACCAACCAUCAUAGCUCAGCUAUUAAUAAUUUUAUUGGUCAAAAUACUCAGCAUCAAAAUUCUGUCGACAGUAAUCUCUUUGGACAGAAUCAUCAAUUCAAUCCUCGUCAAAAUGCUGUCGCCGAUAAUAAUUUCUUUGGAGACAAUAAUAAUAAUUUGGAUGCGCAGAACAAUAAUUACAAUAACUUCUUUGGCCAGAAUCAUCAACUCAAUCCUCAUCAAAAUUCUGUUGCUGAUAAUAAUUUCUUUGGAGACAAUAAUAAUAAUUUGGAUGCGCAGGACAAUAAUUACAAUAAUUUCUUUGGCCAGAAUCAUCAAUUCAAUCUUCAUCAAAACUUUGUUGUUGGUGAUGGAGACAAUAAUAAUAACUUGGAUACACAAACAAGAAUUCUUAUAGCAGUUCAGCUUCAAAAUAUCGUUAAUCAAUUGUUAAAUCGUUAA